AUGGAUAUUGUGAAACUUGAUCUUUCUUUAAGUUUAUUGGAUGUUAAACAUGAAAAAAAUAUUAGCAUAAACCAAAAAAUGAAUCUAUGUAAUCUUCUUGGAAAUUGGGUUGGUGGUGGUAGACGUCGUUUUAGAGGAAGAUGUUGUUUAAGACCAAGAGGAGGAGGGCGACCAAUCAUAAUUCACCAACAUCAUUUUCAUACCCAAGUUAUAGAUCACACCGAUUAUACCAGAAUUCGCGAACUUGAAACCCAACUUGAAGAAUGUAAAAAACAUAGAAGAGAAGUCGAAAUUAAGAUUAAUGAAAUCAUCACCACCCAUGUGAACAUUAAAGAUAUCGCAAACAAAAUGAUUAUUAUUGAUGAAGUGGACAAAUGUCUUAAAUUGCUCGGUGUUGAGUAUAAUGAUAAAGAUGGCUUGAUGGAAAAAUUAAAAAAAUUAGUAAAUGCCUGUAAAAACCUCACCUUAACCGGUCCUGUUCAAGAAAGAUUAUGGAAAUGCUUAGCUUAUAUGUAUGGAAGUAAAGCUCCUAAAACCCUUGAAGCAUUUACUUCUAACUUUGAUAAAAACAUGGAUAAAUUGACAGAAGCCUGUUUUAGAAAUAAAAAACAAGAAUUAUACAAUGAUGUGAGAUAUAAGGGUAAAGCAUUUGUACCUAAACCUGAUAGUAGUUUCGUUAGAAAAUUAUGCAGAUGCCAUUAUUAUAUAGUUGGGAGAAGUAAAGAAAAAAGCAUUGUAAACAUGAUAGAUAAUUUGUUACAAGCAUGUAAAAAUUUUUACUGA